UAAGGUUUCAUAUUUCGCGCCCAAAGUCCGAGCUUACGUUUUGCACUCUGUGCACUCUACGUACACUCUUUCAAGUCCAGGAACUUUACUCAGCUGACCCAGCUCUUGAAAAUUUCCUGUUAGUACAGCGUCGAUAAUAAUUGCGCAGUAUGUACGGACAAUAUUAUAAAUAUUUUGGUCGUUGUUACAAUGUCCUCAACAAUUGUAUUAUAUUAGAAAUUUUUUGCCACAGCAUGUUGAAUAUAAAGUUUUGCUAGAGCAGCAUAUUUUUAUGUGAAAGCACUGUUAAGCCAAGCAGCACAGUCUUAUUUGACAGUAGGAACCACAAUACAAGGAAAGACAAAUAUCAUAAUGGCCAGCCACUCACACGAUAUAGUAAAUGUGCAGGAGAUAGCGGAGUUGGUUCAACUUCUUCGCCAAAAUGGUGACGAAGUUCUGAGCGCUUCUAGUAAGCUCUCUCUGUCGACGAAAUUGCUGCACAAUCUGAACGAAGCCUUCUCGCUCAUCGUAGUAGAAUCUGAAGAUCUGGAUUCUUCGUUUCACGUGUGUAACAGCUCCAAAAUAGAUAUAUUUCGCGACGUGAAGUUUCUACAUGAUUUUGUGCAAAAGACUAUUGGUUUAAAAGUGACGCAUUGUCCUUCCGACACCAAAGUUGCCAUCGACAUCUCCAAGUUUAGGCACCUGAAGUAUUUGGAGUUGAAGAAGGUGUCUGUCGAAUUAUUAAAAGGUCUGCAGAGUGUUAGGGGCCAGUUAGAAAGUAUUAUGUGUACUGGUAGCAAAGGAGUCUCCACGAUCAAUCAGUUGUUAGUCACAUGCGGUGGUGACGCUGGCGCUGGAUUUGUAUGGGCAUCUCUAAAACACUUGGUACUGUCUCACAAUGCCCUUGAGUGUUUGGAUGAGUCAUUGGAAUUAGCGCCUUGGCUUCAGACGUUGGACUUGAGUCAUAAUAUGAUUGCUAACGCCAAGGAGAUAUCUCGCUUAUCAAACUUGAAGUAUGUCAAUCUAGGCUACAACAAACUGGAGGAAGUACCCAUGUUUAAUAAAACAGCAUUGCAUUCGUUGCAAGUAUUGGUGUUGAAAAACAAUUACAUCGAUAAUUUAAAUGGUCUUCAAGGUUUAGAAUGUCUAACAGAAUUAGACUUAUCAUAUAAUUGUUUAAUGGACCAUUCAGUUCUAUGGCCACUUGAGAAAAUGUCUACUCUAUUGUGGGUAUCCUUGGAAGGAAAUCCCUUAUCAUAUCAUUCGAAACAUCGAAUGUUAUGUACAAAACAUUUACAUUCGAGUUUAUCGAACAGCAAGUUUGUUCUAGAUCAUUUGCCGCUUUCAAGAUCAGAAAAGAUGCUGAUUGCGGAAAAUCAAGUUUUCACGAUACGUACAGAUCGAUCCGCAUCUCUAACCAGCUCGAUAUCUACCUGCGUGGAUAUGUAUGAUAGCCGUGAAAGUGAGGUGGAUCAACAAACAGCAUUAAGCAACAGUCUGGAAAAGAGCAUAACAAAAAGCAAAAAAAAGUCAAACGUGAGAGAAGCUAUUAUCGCCGAAAUUGAUCAAGAAAAGGAAGAGCUCAAAAUACUACCUGAUGUAGUAGCGUCAUCUCAUUUGGAGUCACCAAAAGAUUAUUUGGAGACGAAGAAACGCAUCUUAGCCUUACGAGAGAAGUAUGGAGAGGAUAAUUGGUUAAGGAGUCACGCUGGAACUUCCGUCCAGGAUAUUAUGGGUCUGCAGUCUGCCUCGCAACCGACAUCCAAUAUACAGACUUUGGCUGACAUUAAUGUAGCAUCAUCUUUUUACGAUACCCUGAUUUACACAAUGGGCAACGAACAACUCACCGGCGAGACUGAGUCGCAAGAAGUCGCAGAACAGCCGGAAAAUAUUCUUCAGGAUGAAGAAAGUUUACUGGAUGAACCUGUGGAAACAAACACGGCUUCUUCCGUGACUACGUUUGAUGAUUUGAAUGAAGAGGCUGGAGAUUUAUAUACCGUUCAAAAAAGAAAAAACGAGAGCGAGAUGGAGGAUGUUUUCCUGAUAAUAACUGCUGAAGAAAUCAAGGAAAGAGACAUAAUUACUGGAAAAUUAAAAUACAGUUGGUCGAUGAAUUCCGUACUGUCCUGCGUCCUAGGUAGGAGCGAUCCACCCACAGUCGAUAUUAUCUUUGACACAACUAGGAAAGAUAGGGAGAACAGGCGAUAUUUCGCCGAACCAGAAGAUGCGAAGAAAGUCGUGGCAACGAUCAACGAACGGAUCGAGAUGCGACCGAUUCUAUUGAAGGUUUUCAAGUGCAUGAAAUGUUCGACACAGUUUUCGCAGGAUGCGGACUACGUGAUGCUCACUGUCAAGUCGCUGGCAGGCGCAAAACAGCUCAAAUGUCCCACUUGUGACAGCAGUUUGGUCAUCGAGAUAGAGACUUCACCUAACGUGGAUAAUCAGACCGUAAAGAGUUCUCAGCCAGCGGAGAAUGCCGCCAAGAUCAACCUGCAACAUUCUGAAUCAUUCUCCAGUAUCGGUGGAAUGGAGGGUGGAGCUAAAUCCGUCACCACUUCUCUGGUGCACUCCGACUCUCACACCCAAGCUCAAGUCUGCUGUUCAGCGACGAGUUUAGAAGAAUCGAGGGAGUCCACGCCGUCUGCAAAUGCCACGACGAAAAAAUAUGAGAGCGACAUAGAAAUACUCAGUAACCCAAGUCAAAGCAGCAUCGAGGUUUUAGAUGAAACGCAAAAAGCGAACAAUACACCAAGUCGAAAGCGCUCAACGGAAGAGAAACGUACCGCAAUUGCCCCUUCUUUAAUAACAAUUCCGGAUGCAACACCAAUGAUGGCAGGCUUGACGGAAAGUAGUUCUUCGGGUUCAUUGACAGAUAGCAUAUGUACGACAUAUGAAAAUAAAAUGACCAAAUCUAUGAACAUUGAUGCAAAAUCUCAUAAUAGCGAAGACGAAAGAGAGACUACACUCGCUUCUGCGACAAAUCUGACGUCGAUGUUAGGAGGUUUACUUCAGAGCAUCAAGAUUGGUAGUAACAAAACUUUGAAGGGGGAGGAGGCAUCGAACUUUGUACCCUCUGGAAGCUAUGUGCAAUAUUCAUAUACCGAUUUUAGCAGUGUAGAUCAUAGAAUUAAGCUGCAUAUCAUCCUGAAUGUAUUCGAGCACGAAAACGAGGAGCUAGUCCUUCUUCUCAGGGCGGAGAUCCUGAUGCAAUCUAUGCAAGAGACAUUUCCUGGAUGCUUAGUAUUAUCCACAUCCAAGGUUUAUGUUCUUAGAAUUGACGGACCGGAAGGGGAGGACCCACAGCGCUGGCUUCAUAAAGAGGUCAGCUGGACGAUGGACAGACUGAGAUCUUUCGUAGCGUUGCCAUUCAAGCAGGGCGUUUUGAUUGAGCUGCAACAGCCUGGCAAAAUCGGCGAAGAGCACCUCACUAUCACGUUGCUCUGUAUUUUGCAGGAUUUCCAGCGAACGUCGAACUUUUUAUUUUAUAUUACAGAUUUACAAUUGCCUCCGAGUUGCGAGGUGGAGUUCUCCAUACCAGAACACUGUAGCGCCUUGAUGCACAAUCUGUUAAUGAGUACUGCCAAUUAUCAGGCCGAAGACUCCGUGCGAUUGCUAGCAAUGUUUUCUUCCGCGGUCUUGAAAUAUCAGAAUAUCACCACUAAGCUGAAAUUAUCUGGCUUGGUAUUAACGAGUUCGGCGCUGGUGAUACUGGAAGACAACGUUCAAUGGUUUAUACCAGGCAGCAAUCGCGUACCUCUAGCCGCUAGAGAACAAGCUAUGAGCAAUUUAAUUGCGAUAGAACACUGUGACACUUCGUUGACUUUGAAUUUUUUGGAUGAGGUUGCGGGCCUCGAGGAGACUUGGAUCCUGGAAUUCAUAUCUCCUGGUGCUGUUGAAGCUGUAAUCAAUUCUAUACAGCCUCCAUGGGAAGCGUUAUUCUCAAUACCCUUGCAGGUAACCACACGUGCUGUGCAGGAUAAUGCGGAGAAAGCUUGAGCAGCGUGUAAAUCAAAUCUUUAGUCUUUUCAUUAAUUUUAUAUAUAAUGUUGGGAAAUUUCAUUCUUGUCCUUCGCGUGGAAGAUCCGAUUUAUUUAAAAUCAGCUACGAACAAGGAAAAAACAUGCAGUGCCCUUUUUCCAGGCAUAGUUUUUUCCAAUCCGAUCUAUAAAUGUAUAAAAAUAAAAGUGAUAUUAAAUAUUAAAUCAAAUUAAAGGUUGAACUCUUGAAGAAUUGAAGAGAAUACACUUACAAGAGUUUUAUUCAAAAGGCCAGUCUAGCGGAUAUGUAUGUACAUAUAUAUCUUUCUGCGUUUUACACCAUAUUUAGAUACUUUACACACACAAAUAUAUAUCAUACACAAAUAUCGAGUUAAUUAAGAAAAUUAUGGGCCAUAAUAAACGUCCUUGUGACGUUUGAAUAGAUUUUAUAUUCUUCAAAACUGCAUAAACGGAAAAUGUGUCUUCCUGAAACACCAUACUUUCACGUAUAGUGUUUCAGAUAGAAAUUAUUGGUAGAAUAUGAAAUACGUAGUAAAAUUUUCAAUGUUAUCAAAACUAAAAUAUUGUUAUCUGUAAAUAUUUCUAGUUGGGAAUUUUCUUCCUUCUUGCUGACUUUUUAGCCAAAUGAUAUUAUCUGCAAUGCAAUCCCUUUUGCGCUCGCGCGAAUUAAAACUUUCAAGUCUGUGUAGUAGUUACACUUAAUCACUUCUGAUGAUAGACGUCCAACUGUGAUAUGUAUAUCGAAUUUUACAAUAAAUAUUGCGAGACUCAGAUAUUUACUGUAGAUAUUUAUAUGGAGAAUAUUGUAAUUUAUAUUUUGUAAUAAAGCGUGAUGUAAAUAUAACUAUGUUA